CUGUGUUCACUCAAUAAGUAGAAGCGUUUUGACUAUUAAAUUUAUCGAAAUCAAAAAUUAAAUUCCUAUAUUUAAGAUAUGGCAUAUCAAUCGUUAUUAGUUUUGGAGAAACCACUUCAACAUCUAUCAUUGUCAGAUUGGAACAGUCGGGUCAACAAAUUACGAAAUAUAGCUGAUGCUAGACGUAAUGAUGCAUUUAAUGUUCGCCAAAGCUCUAGAACUUUAAGAAACGAGACUCGCAUCGAAGCAGAUUGGACUAAUUUGGAAUCUAAUGAAGCAUUAGCCCAGCGCAUUUCCGAGCUAAAUCAAUGGCGAUCUCUAAAAACUACUCUGGAACGUAUUGAACGUGAAAUGAAAUUGCUAACAGAGGAAAAGGCUUCUACUGAACGUGAAUUAGAUGCUAUGCAAACACCACUUUCCAUCAUUGGAGAAUGUCUGACGAUGAGAGACUGCCGACUGGGAGCGGAAAUGACAUACGAUGACGCUGACACAGAAAUAAAAAACGAACUGACAAUCGUUGAAAAUAAUCAACGGCUUUUAGCAGUACAGUGUCAAAAAGCCUGGGAGAAAUUAUCAAGGCUAGAAGAAGUCAAGUUCAAACUUAAUCUCGAGGUAACUAACAAAACGGAAGCGGAGGAAUUGGAUAUGCGUCAGUUAACAUUGGAUAAAUUUGCAGCAAAUAUUACGUACAAGCCAGACCCAACAAGGAAUCCGAAAAAUUAUUGUGCCUACCAAUCCUGGCAAGAACACACAAGACAAAUGAAACAGCUUGCUGAAAACGAACUAGCUGAUACAUAUGCUAUACGGGAAGCUUUGUUUGUAUGCCGGGAAACCCGUAAUAUGCUAUUGUCGCAACAGGAAAGAACAGAGCACACUAUUAGAAAACGUAUUUUCGAAACACAAAGGGCGAGAAACGAAUUAGAGUGGCAGCAAUUGAAGUAA